AUGUCUUCAUGCCCACCCAAGCUGGUUUCGGAAUCAACUCGUGAACGGGAAUCUUUCAAGUUUGUUGUUAGGUAUGGAGCGUCAAUUCUCAACGACAUCAUAGAGUCGCCCAGUGAAGGUGCAUCCCCUCCAGAUGCGAAUACUCCCACAGACAAUGCAUUCGACGAAGCCACCAGACAACAAAAAACCUCAAGAGAUACUGUCCUCGCAUCUCUUGCCCAGUUAGGAAUCUGGAAGACAGGCACCGAUCGAGCUUUGAUUUCUUUAUUCGAUCGCAAUCAUCAAUACAUCGUCGCAGAGACAUCGCGGAAAUCAUCACUUGCUCCAGGGCCGAUUCGGUCGACAAACGACCAUGGUGAAUUUUGGUUGUAUCCUGGAACAUUUCCACGCCAACUUUCGGUCUGUGAUCGGGCUCUUAUGGCGCAGAAAAACGAUCCUUCUGCCUCUCGAACGGAACUGCCCCUUACUUUGAUACCCGACCUUGAGGCUGACGUCCGGCUAUCCAAACUACCGCAUCCAUUGUCAGGCUGUCCUGCUCGUUUCUAUGCUGCGGUUCCUAUAAGAUCACCCGCUGGCGUCGACAUUGGUGUUUAUUGCGUGGUCGAUCCUCAGCUAAGGGAAGCUGGAACCUGGAAUAGUAGCGACACCCAAGCUCUGCGAGAGGUAUCUUUGAAUAUUAUGAAUUAUCUCCAGUCAAAAAGUGUGGGCGACGCUUACAGAAGAAGUGUGAGGAUGACGAGGGGGAUAGGUUCUUUUGUGGAGAAGGAGUCGACAAUGGCCGGUUGGAGAGCUCGCGAUAGUUCUCCGGCAUUUCACGACGACGUGACCAGGGAAGGUGCUUUGAAUCACGAGCAACAAGCACUACAAAGAUUCCGCGGUAUUAGUUUCCAGAAGGAGCUGCCAGUGCAUGUGCCGAUGCAAGCCAAUACUGGAAGCGAAACGACUGCUGUGAGAUCUGGGAAUGCUGGUCAAGCGAACAUGACCAGUGUUUCGUCGGGAGGCCCAUCUGCCCAGGAGCCUGAGACCAACCUGAAAGAGAAAGCAACUGCCAAGAUAUUCUCUCGUGCAGCAAACCUCAUACGCGAGGGGAUCGAAAUUGAGGGUGUUCUGUUUCUAGAUGCCAAUCUCGAGGCGUCAGCGUUCGACGGAGUGGUUCAUGAUGGCAGCCAUUCGACCCCCGAGUCUUCAUCUAGUAGUGACGAGGCUACAUCCCAAAUAUCCGACAAAGAAGAAGAAAGGAGGUGCUGUGGCAUUCUUGGUUUUGCCACUUCCACCUCGUCUAGCAUUAAUUCAGACCCUGCGUCCAAGCUUCAUGCCGGCUUGCCAAUGAAACUGCUUGCGGCUCUAUUGAGAAGAUAUUCGAACGGCAAAAUCUUUAACUUUGAUGAAGAUGGUGGACUUCUGUCUAGUGGAACAUCAGAGGAAGAUAUCUGGUCAUCUGUAUCCAAACAAGAUGAGCUUGGUGAAAGCUCGGCAAUAUCUGUUUCCAGCAAAGAGCAUCGUCCUUGGUCACGAGCCUCGGAAGGACAGUCGUUAUCAAAGGUAUUUCCUGGAGCUAGAAGUGUAGCCUUCGUACCUGUUUGGGAUCCCAAACGGGAUCGAUGGCUGGCAGGAGGCUUUGCCUACACUAUGACGCCUACGAGGUCUUUCACUAUCGAGGGCGAAUUGAGUUACUUAAGAGGCUUCGGCAUGCUUGCCAUGUCGGAAGCUCAGAGACUUGAAGCCCUGUUAGUCAACAAGGCGCAGUCCGACGUGCUUGGUUCGUUAUCUCACGAACUACGAACUCCUCUCCAUGGAGUCAUGCUUUCAGCUGAGUUGCUUGCUGAUACCCAGCUGGAUGUCUUUCAGGGGAACCUAUUGCGUACCCUGGAAACAUGCGGUCGGACGCUCACCGAGACUAUCGACCAUCUCUUAUACUUUUCGAAGGUCAAUCAAGUCGCAGUCAACCAAAAGAGAGAGCGCCGGGCCCGUAAGUCAUCCAUCGCCCCUGAGCCUGUCGCAACUAUCGCAGCCAGUACCUUCGCCUCUGAAGUAAGAUUAGACGCUUUGGUCGAGGAGGUAAUGGACAGUGUUUUUGCUGGCCAUGUUUUUGGACGUAACGAAGCCCAUAAAGUCUGGCAAAACAGCAGCCGAAGCGGACAGUUGGACGCCGAAGAAUUGCAACCCCCCAAUUCGGACGACUUGACGGGUGGUCGGGCAGAUGGCACCAUCAAGCACGAAGUUCCACUUGGACACAAAAAUCAGGUGGCUAUCUUCCUCGACAUCGACCCUUAUGUGCCUUAUCGCUUCCUUGUUGCAGCCGGUGCACUCCGGCGUGUAGUGAUGAACCUCUUUGGAAAUGCGCUGAAGUAUACGCAGCGCGGCACAAUCACAGUAUCACUUUCUCAGAAGCCGCUAUCUCCCACCGACCCGGACAGUAACAGACGAGUAGUCCGAAUCUCAGUUAUAGAUACUGGCCAAGGUAUUUCUCCAGAUUUUCUCCAAAACGAUCUUUUCAAGCCAUUUUCUCAGGAAAACCAUCUUUCACAUGGCACUGGAUUGGGAUUAAGUCUGGUCAAAAAGAUCGUAGCGUCCAUGGGCGGCAAGAUCUCGAUUGAGAGUGCAGUCAACGUUGGAACUACUGCAACAAUAACUUUGCCUCUAACUCGAUCGAACAAUCCGAACUUUUUGCAGGGGCAAGAGAAGAACGAGGCCGAUGAAGAGGCUAAGCGGCUGAAAGGGCUACGCGUGCGGCUAAUUGGCUUUCCAUCAGAGGAGGAGAUCAAGUCACAAACAGCAAGCGGUAUUCCCAUGUCUGCCAUGCGGACCAUGUGCCAUCGGUGGUUGGAAAUGGACGUUAUUCACGAGUCUUCGAGCCAGCACGUGGCACCAGAUAUCGUGCUGUGCAACGAGAUUGCAACUGACGAUCCAGUUCUCACGAGCCCAGAACUUGCCAGGUCCCCUGUAGUUGUUAUAUGCGCUACUGCCAUUACAGCACACAAACGGUCUUCACAGCGAGAUACAUCCGAGGAACAACGAGUGUAUGAGUUUGUUUCCCAGCCCAUUGGACCUCACAAGCUCGCUAGAAUCCUUCAUAUAGCAUUUCGUCGAUGGGGAGACUUGCAAGCUCUAUCACCAAUGACACCAACGAGAGCAGAGAGGGGUCUCUUGCGUGAUUCUCCUGACAAAUCGGAAAGACGACCGAGAAGACACUUGGGUGGAGGGGAUGCUGUAGCCGAUAUAUCAAACGAUGAACCCACGCCGUCAGAUUCAGAAACGAAGUCUGCGAAACGCCCCAAGCCGCCAACACGAGCCUCGCCAGCACAAGCACCUCCUGAGACGAUGCAGGAACCAGCCUCGGAAAAUGAAAUUAAAAGCUUCCUACUCGUUGAUGACAAUCCCAUAAAUCUUUCGAUAUUGUGCGCUUACAUGAAGAAGCUGAAAAGCAAAUAUGCUACAGCAGCAGACGGACUUGAGGCCGUAGAACGCUUUCAAGAAAAUCCCGACCUAUUUAGCUGUAUUCUGAUGGAUAUCAGCAUGCCACGAAUGGAUGGGAUAGAAGCUACAAAACAGAUUCGAGCCUUUGAACACAGCAAUGAGCGAGAGCCAGUAGUCAUACUUGCCUUGACCGGACUGGCUUCGGCAAGCGCCCAACAGGAUGCAUAUGCGAGCGGCGUGGACGUUUUCCUAUCCAAGCCUGUUAAACUUAAGGAGUUGAGCACUAUACUGAGAGACCGAGACUUGGUAUGA